GGUGGGAUCUUUGUUCUUGUUUAUGGGGGCUGGUUUCUCUGGGUUUGCGGCAGGGAGUAAUGGAGGCUGUCCUCCAACGAAACCCAGUCUUGGUGACGUGCCGGAGAAUUGUAUCUCAUCCAUUCUCAUGUACUUGGAUCCACCGGAGAUCUGUAAAUUGGCACGAUUGAACCGGGCUUUCCGUGGCGCUUCUUGGGCUGAUUUUUUGUGGGAGUCGAAGUUGCCUUCAAAUUACAAGUUUCUCGUCACUAAAAUUCUUCAUGAAGACCCCCAGAAGUUGGUUAAGAAAGAGAUUUAUGCAAGAUUGUGCCGACCCAAUCGCUUUGAUAAUGCCACCAAGGAAGUGUGGUUGGACAAAAGAAGCGGUAAGCUUUGUAUCUCAAUUUCGUCCAAGGCAUUGAGGAUAACGGGGAUAGAUGAUCGAAGAUACUGGAAUUUCAUUCCAACUGGGGAGUCCAGAUUCCACACAAUUGCAUACCUUCAACAAAUUUGGUGGGUUGAAAUAGUUGGAGAGAUAGAGUUGGAGUUUCCCCAGGGGAAGUAUGGGCUAUUCUUCAGGCUUCAGCUUGGCAAAGCCUCCAAUAGAUUUGGUCGGAGGGUCUGUAACGUUGAUCAAGUACAUGGUUGGGACCUUAAACCUGUCCGGUUCCAGCUAUCAGCAUCCAACGGUCAGCGUUCGAUUUCAGAAUGUUAUUUGCAUGGAGCAGGCAACUGGGUUGAUUAUCAUGUGGGUGACUUCGUUGUCGACGACCCUAACACGCCCACCAAGGUCAACUUUUCGAUGAUCCAGAUUGAUUGCACACACACCAAAGGUGGUCUUUGUGUAGACUCCGUGAUGAUACGUCCAAGUGAGAUUAGAGAAAGAUUAAAGCAGUUUUAGGCUUUAAUUUCAGCUAAUUUUAAUGGCACCUGCUGCUGACACGUUGCACAGAUCGAGUUUGGGCAGCACUAACAGAAAUCCGUAAAGUAGUAGAUUUGUUCUUUUUUUUUUUUUUUUUUUUUUCAAAUGUUAUUCUUUGGUGGUCUUUGUUACUCAUUUAGCAACAAUAUUGUUAAAGCCUGUCUCGUUGUAAAGGAAAAUUGGGGCAGUGUGAAUUGUUUACUGGUC